AUGCCAGUUUCCCGUACGAGCGAUCCGCCCGAAAAUUUGAAAGCAUCAUUCUCCGUGGAAUCGGAUCCAAAAUUAGUCGAAUUAUUGUCAAAUUUCCUCAUAAGUCAAGGAAUUCCAUUGGAAGUUACAAAAGAUGCUAAACUUCAAGAACUCAUCACAUAUAUCAAUCCGAAAAGUGUAAUUCCGUCGGAUAAUGUGAUGAUGGAAUACGUGAAACGACAAAAUUCGAUAAAUAAAUCAUUAAUUAAUUAUCCGAAAACUAUUGGACCAAUUGGUGUGACUAUUGAUGUUCACGACGAUUUGACUGAGAAAUUUCUCGUUUUUUCGAUACAUUAUUUCGAGAAUAUUGAUGAGAGGAAGAAUGUUGUCUUUUUGAAGAAAAUGUCGAAUAAUCAAAUAAAUGCCGCUCAUAUCAUCGAAACUAUUCGUCGCGAAGUCAACGUUCACUCCCAUUAUGACGUAAAAUUCAGGCAUUCAGUCUCUUCAAAUAUGGAAAUUCUUCAAAUGAUUGCGUUGAAUGAGCACGUGGAACAACAUCAUAUAUGUUUUUAUCAUAAUAUGUCAAUUUUUGUGACGGAAUUGCUGAAAAUCGAAGCUUUUUCAAUGGGACUUAAUGUUUUAAGAGAGUUUAUUCGAUUUUUUGAACCAGAAUCGGAUUUAUACUGCAAGUUUCAAAGAUUCCAAUCAUCAAGAAACCAAGAAAGAGAUCUACCGUCGAUGGACAAUAACUCGUGGGAGAGCUCAUACAUUUUUCUGACAAAAUGUCUUGUUCUCCACAAAUCGUUCGAAACAUUCUGUGAAGUCUAUGGAAUAGAUUUCUAUAUUUAUAAUAAGUCAUUCAAAGAUCUGAUUCAUCUCCAACGUCUUCUUCGACAAUGUGUCUACUACUGCAGAUCGAUGAGCACUCCGAGUAGUUGCAUCUCUCAAAUUAUACCUGCAAUCGAGGGAUUACGACGACUGAUUGAUAGGGAAUUCCCAUUUCAACAAUUUCAACGAGAGAAAAUUCAAAAUUUAUUAAAGUUUUCAUUCGAAAGCUAUAAUAUGCGAAGUCAUGAAAUGGCUGUUCUAUUGGAUCCGAGAUUCUCUUAUACUGAAAUUUUCACCGAGGAGAAAUGGAAAGAUUUGGAGAAUCUAGUCAUGGAGGACUUCGUCAAUAAUAAUUGGAGAUGGGCGAUAAAUUCUGGAAUUCAGGAUACCACGUUGAUGAAUCCAAGAGGUCGAAUGAACAUUAUCAGCUUAGAAAUAACGAUAUAUCGACAAUUUCUAAUGAGAGAACGUCCCGAAGAGUCCGAUUGUCCUUCACGUUGGUGGGCGGAGCGUCAGUCUCCAUUCAAGUUAUUAUCAGCAAUGGCCAGAGAAUUGUUAUCAUGUCCAGCGGUGUCUGCAGAUGCUUCUCACUAUUUUUCGGACGGUGGAAAAUUGCGGAGAUUGACGAAAACCUGCUCGGGAACAAAGCUAGAACAAAGCUUGAAUCUUGCCGGGAGCCUACAAAAUUUUCGUGGAAAAGGAGCAUCAGAAUCUUCAGAUUCAGAAGAUGGAAUUACUGAAGAUAUGAUGAGGAUAUUGGAUAGGACAGCUGAACAAACAAGUGAAAACUUGACUCCGAAAGAUAUAUCAGUGAAGAAAGAAUUACCAGAAAUCGAUGAUUUUCAAGAGGUGACAUGGCAAGAGCCAUCGUCUUCAAUAGUCAAAUUGGAGCCACUGGAUCCUCCUGAUGAAUCACAAUUCGAUAUGUUCACUGUCCCCGCUAUUCAAGAAUUAGAACACCCGGAACAAGUGAUUCAUCCACAAUCUGCACGCGGCUGUCCACUUCGAUGUCAUAUCUGUAAAGAAAUGAAACGUCCUGGCGACUACUUGAAUAUCAGAAGAGAAUGUGACAGAUUGAGUAUUCUAGCUGGAUGUCUAUACCGUGAAUUGAUCUCAUUCCAACAUGCAGAACGGAUCUCUAAUUUCCGAUGUAUAGUUGUCUGCAACAGUCAUAUUCCGGAGAUUAUUGAAGAGAUAUACGGGAGAAUUGGUCUUACGAGUCGGAAGGAUCUUUAUGAUUGCUCAUUGGAUAGACUUGAGGAUAUGCUGAUUAAUGUGAGACGUCUGGCUCCUGAAAUGACUGCGGGAGCACUUCGAACCGCCCUUGUGCUCUUCUUGACAAAAUUCGAUCAAUGUAGAGAAAUAGAGAUCGAAGAACAUAGAUCACCACCGAUACAAAGCCAAGCUAAACAUUCCGAUUCACGAAGACGCCCUGAUACUGAUUGGAUUCCGAAUUCAGAUCAGAUUCUGAAUAUCACAUGUCAAAAAAUGGAACAAAGUAAUCUACCAGAAGAUUCUCCUCAAAACCCAUCUUCCACAGCUCCAAAAUCAAUUAAUCCGCGUUCUCGUAAUAAGCGAUGCAUUAUCUGUUCACAAAUCAAGAGUCUCGGAGAGUUCCGAGAUAUAAGGAAAGCCAAUGAAAGACUGCUGAUCCUUAUCGGAUGUCUCUAUCGAAAAUCGAUAAGUAUGGAACGGGCCGAAACGAUUAUGAAGAAUAGAUUGAUUGCUGUUUGCAUUACUCAUAUUCAGGAGACACUCGACGAGAUAUACACAAGAUUAUGCAUAACAGAUGUCAGAUAUCUCAAUAGUUGCUCCAUAGACAGAAUACAGAAUAUGUUGGUUACUGUAGCAGUUCUGAAACCUGAUAUGACUGCUGUAUCACUUCGAGACGCACUUUUCGAAUUUCUCGAUAGAUUUGAUUAUGUUCGAAACGACAUGAAUUAUGGAAAAUUGACAAUCGGAGGUCCUCCAGAAGCCUCGACGUCGUUUACUGAAUAUACGAAAAGAAGAGCCGAUGCGGAGGAAGAUUUUGUCAUGAAAAAGAAUCCCCGAAAAUCCGCGAACUAG